AUGUUCCGUAGUCUUCUGCCCCGGGCCACGCCGCGGGCUGCCCUCCGCACUGCUCGCCCUCAGACUACCCCCUCCAACUUCGUCGCUGCUCCUUCUCUCGCUUUGCUCGGGCGCUCAAAACGUGGCUAUGCCUCUGAGUCGGGUGAACAUGAUGUUGUGAUCAUCGGUGGUGGUGUCGCUGGUUACGUUGCUGCCAUCAAGGCCGGCCAGGAAGGCCUGAAGACCGCCUGUAUCGAGAAGCGUGGUCGUCUCGGAGGCACUUGCCUGAACGUCGGCUGUAUCCCCUCGAAAUCUCUGCUCAACAACUCCCAUCUCUACCACCAGAUUCUCCACGACACGAAAAAGCGCGGUAUCGAGGUUGGUGAUGUUAAAUUGAAUCUCGAGCAGAUGAUGAAGGCCAAGGACAACUCCGUCGAGGGCCUGACUAAGGGCAUCGAGUUCUUGCUCAAGAAGAACGGUGUCGACUACGUCAAAGGUACCGGUGCGUUGGUUGAUGCGAACACCGUCAAGGUGGACCUGCUUGAGGGUGGUGAGCAGACCCUGCGCGGAAAGAACAUCGUCAUUGCCACCGGUAGCGAGGCCACUCCCUUCCCUGGCCUGAACAUCGACGAGAAGCGUAUCAUUACUAGCACUGGUGCUCUGUCUCUGCAGGAGGUCCCCAAGAAGAUGGUUGUCAUCGGCGGUGGCAUCAUCGGUCUGGAGAUGGCUUCCGUCUGGUCUCGCCUUGGCUCCGAAGUUACCGUCGUUGAAUUCUUGAACCAGAUUGGUGGGCCUGGUAUGGAUGCGGACAUCGCCAAGCAGGCCCAGAAGAUCCUUGGCAAGCAGGGUAUCAAGUUCAAGACCGGCACCAAGGUCACCAAGGGUGAUGAUAGCGGUGCUACCGUGAGCCUCAACAUUGAGUCUGCCAAGGGUGGCAAGGAGGAGACCCUCGAUGCCGACGUUGUCCUGGUCGCCAUUGGUCGCAGACCUUACACCGAAGGAUUGGGCUUGGAGAGCGUUGGAGUCGAAAAGGAUGAGCGCGGUCGUCUGGUGAUCGACCAGGAGUACCGCACCAAGGUCCCCAACAUCCGGGUCAUUGGUGACUGCACCUUCGGUCCCAUGCUUGCCCACAAGGCCGAGGAGGAGGCCGUGGCGGCCGUUGAGUACAUCAAGAAGGGCUAUGGCCACGUUAACUACGCCGCCAUCCCCAGCGUCAUGUACACUUACCCCGAAGUCGCCUGGGUUGGCCAGAGCGAAGCAGAAAUCAAGGCCGCUGGCAUCAAGUACCGUGUCGGCACCUUCCCCUUCAGCGCCAACUCCCGCGCUAAGACUAACCUCGACACGGAAGGUCAGGUCAAGUUCAUCGCCGAUGCCGAGACCGACCGCAUUCUCGGUGUACACAUCAUUGGUCCCGGCGCCGGUGAGAUGAUCGCCGAGGCAACUCUGGCCGUCGAGUACGGUGCCUCCUCCGAGGACGUUGCCCGGACGUGUCAUGCUCAUCCUACGCUGUCCGAGGCAUUCAAGGAGGCUGCCAUGGCAACCUACUCUAAGGCUAUCCACUUCUAA